AUGCCCCACAGCUCGCGUACAAAGCGACCAACUAUUGCCAAACGCACCUCCGUGACCGACACCGACGGCUGGACCCAUGUCACAAAUGGCGGCAACGUGCGGCGCGUAAUGCGUCGCCAGAAAAGCGAACCCCAGCCUUUCCAUGAGCCUGUCCUUGCCCCUGCCGAAGCUCCCGGUCGACUCACACUAUCCGAUCUCCAGGCGCAGUUUCAGACCCACCACGCAAGAUGGGAGAGCUCAGAGAGCUGGAACAAAGUUAGUGGGGCUUUGCAGAAGAGAUUGAAGCAAAGAUCACAGACUGGCCCUGUCGAUGCCAUUGUCUGCAUUGGACUUGGGAGCCCAAGCGGAUUCCUGCGUGAUGGAUGGGUUGAUCGUCGGGCUGUCUCGCUUUAUCAGCUUGCGGCUCUGGUUAGCAUCAAGGAUCAAGUAGAGUCCUACUCGACCACACCGUUCAAAAUAUACGCCCAAGACCCUGUCUUUAAUACUUUGGACGAGUCCCUCCUGAACGAUCUGAACAUUACGGUUCUCAACCACCCAGAGGGAUUCUCGCAUAUCACGGAGAACUCGAUGCUCUUCUGCCCCGGCGCGGAACGCCAGCACCUCGAGUUACUACUUCCAUCUAAACCAUGGCUACUUUUUGGAGGGCCACUUGAGCAUGCAAAUGCCGGUGGUGCGUUGCAGAGCUAUGUGGAAAACACCGAGUCAUAUAUUGUGCCGACUUUUGAGGCCCUCGAGCACGCAUUUUGGAACAUGAGGCUAUAUUGGAUUGGAGAGAAGGACGUUGACGAAUAA